AUGACUAUCUACUGUAUCGAUGAUAUUGACCCACUAAAUGAUGACUCAAACGCUCUUAGAAUUGCCUUGCUUAUGGAAAAUAUGUUCAAUCAAUUAAUGAGCCAAUUGCCACGAAGGGCACACUUUGGUGAUCAAGAUAUCAUUGGUAUAGUUAGGA